AUGAAGUUUCUAACGAAAGAUCUGUUUCUAGGUACUGCGCCUGGAAUAGGGAAGGCCACAGCAAUAGUGCUGUAUUCUCAAGGCGCUUCACUUGCUCUAGCUGAUCUACAAGCCGAGACACUGGAUGCAGUCCCCGAGGAGCUUCUAAAAUCCCACCCAGAGCAACAAUUCUCUUGUAAUGUUGUCAAUGUCAGCGGCACCGAGCAAGUCAACUCGCAGAUCGAUGGCAUAGUGGAAAAAGUUGGCAAAUUCGAUGGCGCCGCCAAUAUUGCAGGUGUUGUUCGUAACGCUCCGCUAGGCACGGAAAUCACAGCUACAACAGAAGACGGUUUUACCUUCACGAUGCAAAUCAAUGCAUACGGAGUGUAUGUCUCGAUCGUCUUCCACUACGCGCACGAAUCCCUUUAG